AGAACACUGACAGGAUAAAGAAAAGAGGCUUAAGUAAUAAAGCAAGGAGGAGAGACAAAUCUAGAGAGACAUCUCCGGUACUCUGAUCCCCUAAAGACCAAGAGCAGAGAUGGGCUGUAAGUUGCCGAAGCCCAGAGGUUCAGAUGAAGCUCCAGGAAAGAUCUACUCCACACUUAGAAGAGCGCAGGUGGAGGCACAGUCAGGAGUGGCCUACACAUACCACUACCUGGACUUCCUGUUAGGAAAGGAAGAGGUGGCAGUGUCUUCAUUACUGUGUCUGUCGUCAGUGAGAGAGCUUUCUAUGCAGGUGUGUGAAUUGUAUCAGAAGGGAUUCGUUCUGGCUGCUGUCCAUCCUUUUCUUCACUCUAGUGGACCUGCUACUGCUAACCUACAGAAGCAGUUACAUCGAGCUGUCCUCAUUAGAGAAACACACAGUGGUUCCGACAGUGAUCUGCUGAAAUGGGUGGGACCUCAUCUCGCUACUGAUGUGUGCUACCUAGGUCCCCAGGAACCUGAUCCAGAUGUUAUUCAGGGCUAUGUGAAAAAGGUGCAGGACUUGGCAGAUCAUGGUGAUCUGUUUGUGGGGUUUUUACGACAGCCUGGUGCUGGUCCAUACUACCUUGGACACUGGGAAUCAGAGGAGCUUUCCUCCCUUCAUUCCAGCCCCUGUUCUGUGCAUCAUAACAGCAGGCCGCCAACUCUCAGCCCAGCUAGCGAGAAGAGCCAACACGUUAAAGACAGUGCAAAUGGAGAUCGUCAAAACCAGAAUGUUUCAAACCUUGAUCCAGAUUUACAAAACCAGUGCCAGCCUUACGAAGAAUUAAUGAACCAAAGCAAAGAAAGCAGCCAGUGUUGGAAUCAUCAGAAUCCCUUCACGGUUAACCAUCAAUGUCCAGAUUAUCAAUACCUAAAUGAAGAACAUGAAUGUACCAAAGUGCAAUCCUAUGAGUCUACGUUAACCUCUUGCACAUCAGAGCCAUAUAAGACCCAGAGUGCAAGAAUCCUGUCUGUUCUUCCCAGCUGUGAUUUGGCAGAAAACCAGAAACCAGACCACAGAGAACAGGUCAGAAGUCAAGACAAACCCAGCAAGCGUGUUGGAACCACACCAAUGUUGAAUCGCGUGCAGGUCUUCGCUCUGUACAACCACACCAUGGUUCUGUCAGGAUCGCCAAAGUACUUUUCUCUGAGGGUUCCACUGCAGGUGCACAGGGAGGCGGGGCUUGUUAGCUCGGUUGAUUCCUAUUGGCUGGAUCACAUGACCCAGCACUUCAGAAGUGGUGCACAACUCAUCGAUGGCUACUUUAACCUGGGAGAUGAUGCAGCAUCAUCUUCCAUUGUGGAGAGUGUUUUUAUCUUCCAAAGUGCCCCUGGAGAUGUCUCGGCAACAACAGCGUAUGAUGCCAUUGUGGUUGAGCAAUGGACUGUGAUUGAUGGUGUUGCUGUGAGGACAGACUACAUUCCUCUGCUUCAGUCUCUGGCUCCAUAUGGCUGGAGACUAAUGUGUGUGCUGCCCACUCCUGUUGUCAAAACUAAUAGUGAUGGAAGCCUGGCCACAAAACAGAUCCUCUUCCUCCAGAGACCCAUUCUGCCUCGCAAGAAAAGAGACUUGACGAAAAUGUACCUCAGAGGUCAAAACAAAAGGAACUUAAAUAUUAAAAGAACACCAGAGAGGGAAAUAUCUUCACUAGCGACAAUCGAGAGAGAAAUGGAAAGGAUGGAGAGAGAAAGAACAAGUAUGGCGAAGCAACAUGAGAAAAUCAAAAAGGAAAAUGGGCAGAAUUCGCCAAGAGAGAGAAGAACUCGAACGGGAAAGACACAGGACUGCCAAAUGCAGAAGAUUACCAUCAAAAAUGCAAAAAGAGAUGGAAUAAAAUGCUCAAAUUCCACCAAUCAAGAAUUGAAGAGUGGGAUUACGUGUGGAAAACUAGAGGAGGAUGUGAGACCUGUGGUAACCGAGAGAGCACUAUUCUCUGGAGUGUGCUGA